UCACGUGAACGCGUUGGCAGUUUGAUGCCGUAGAAAAAAAACUUGGCUCCAUUGACAUCCAUGUUAAUUCAUGGUGGUAUUUUAUGGCGCUAGGAAGACAUUAGGUGACUUGGUAAGACGUAUCAGUCUCUUCACGAGGCUUAAUUCUGCCACUUAUCACCCCCUAUACCUCCCCUCUCUGCACCGCUGCUUUGUUUCAAAGGCAACAUCACAGCAGCAGAUAUUUGGCAAGGCAGGCUGUGUGUGUGUGACAGGCUUGCUGGCCGCAUCGGGAGCAGAUACGAUUUGUUUCUGAGAUUACCGCAUUGUUGUUCUUUUUCUCUGUCAUUUCCGGGCCGUAGAGUGGACAGCAGCUCAAGUCAGAUUUGAUGGUGAUGUUGAGUACGUGUAUCUGAUUUGGCUAGGUCGAGGCCAGGAGCAUCUUUAACAGCGUGGAAGUAGGAUAGAGGGAGGGAGAGCGAGAGAAACCGCGUUGUCCGUAUUGCGUCCGUCUGUCGCGCUCCGCGGUUGUGAAUGGACUGCGCUCCCUCAGUGUUUAUCUGCAGUCAUUUCGAGUCGUUUCUGGAGGAAGAUGGCGGACAGGGAUGAGAUGUUCUCACUCUCCACCUUCCACUCCCUCUCUCCUCCAGGCUGCAGGCCUGCCCAUGACAUCAGUUUGGAGGAGUUUGAUGAUGAGGAUCUGUCUGAAAUCACAGAUGACUGUGGAAUAGGACUCAACUACGACUCUGAUCCAUACGAGAAGGACUGUCUGAUUCUGGAGAAGAGCGAUAUUCACCACCCGGUCUGCUCCUUCCAGGAUGACUUCCAGGAGUUUGAGAUGAUCGAUGACGAGGAUGAGGAAGAGGAGGAUGAAGAGGAGGUGGACCCUGACGCUCCACCCUCCCCCUCCGCUUCCCUUCCUCCUUCCCCUACCCUGGGCACGCUGAAGAGCCGGCCCACCACCCUUAACCUCACCACCACUCUCUCUCUCUCUCAGGACUCAUUGAACAACAACAGCAGUCUUUCUCCAAAGAAGGGCAGCUGGCAGCACUCUCUACGCAAGCCCACCUCACAAGGCCGUCUGUCUCCAACCCACUCUUGUCUGGAAGAUGGAAGCCACGUGACAGGCCAGUGCCCUUCCCAAACAGCCCCCCAGGCCCCAGCGUCCCAGAGCAAAGGCUCCUUCGGUCAACACAAGUCUCACCUGGGCUCUGACGAGGUCAUUAACUCCUCAGCCGACCCUUCAACUCUGACCUCCAGAGUUUCAUCCCUGGAUGACCACUCCCAGUGCUCUGACACCGAGGUCGACCACGACCUCAACAACGCUGACCACAACCACAAACGUUCACGGUCCUGCAUGUCCACCCAGCGACGUCCCACCGACACCUACACGGUCACUACUGAGUCAGGCCUGGACCGGGAACUGGAAAACGACCCAGACGGGACCAGCCGAUGCCUGUCCUCCACUGCUCCCAUUGGGGGGAAUGACGGAGCUGACACACCUUUGUCAGGUGAGGAGCUGGAGAAAGAUUUUGAUGUAGAGUUCAUGUGUAAGGAGACCUAUGACAUGGCAUGUAAGGAGAACCAGAGCUCAGUCUACGUUGAGUUCCCCUCCAUCGAGCCCUGUGAGCUGGCUUUUUUCUCCAGCUAUAUGCCAUCAAGCCGCUCCGAUGUUCUCGACCAAUCCAGAAGCACUGACCAGAGCGAGCUUCCAGCUACAGCCAAUGAGGCAGCCAAUGACUCUACCUCUCCGUCCUCGGACCCUGGCAUUGCUGACAUGAACGCCAAGCGGUGCUACGCCACCUCAGACCAAGAGCAUGACCUGAGCUCUCCCGGGUCAGAAUCAGACAUUGAGGGGGAACUGGAGGCAGCGUUUGCCUGCGGAGGACCCCUGGUCUCCAAUAUGAUCUCCUCCAUCUCAGAGACAGAGCUGGACAUGACCAGUGAUGACAGUAGUAGUGGACGCUCCUCCCACCUCACCAACUCCAUUGAGGAGGCCAGCUCACCCACCUCCGACCAGGAACUGGGCCCUGACAAAGAGUUAGAACAGAACAGCAGAAUUGUGGGAAUGAAGGUAUCGCUCCUCCUUGGCCACCCAAACCCCAUCAAAGUGGGCUUACCCUCACCUUCACCACUACCCAACCUCAGCCUAGCCACCCCCCCCCCCCCUGCUGACUCCCCCAUCCUGCCCCCAGAGCCCUAUGAUGACGGCCAGGCUCUGAUGGGCCUACAGAGUGUAGAUGAUUAUGAUGAAUUGCCCUAUGAGCACCAGGCUGACCUAGAUGAGGCCCUGCCCCCACCCCCGUGCUCUGAGGACAGAAUCUCCAAACAGAUGGUACUCCAGAUAGAACCCGACCACAGCCUGGAGAGCUUCAAAUGCUCCUUCUACCUGCCAGUGGAAUCCAGACUUAUACCCACUCACGCUGACGACUACGACGGUAACAGUGAGGGAGAGUCCGAGUCGGAGAGCGAGGACGAGCUGAGCGAGAAUUCAGACUCACCCUGGUUGCUUAACAACCUGGUGAACAAGAUGAUCUUGGAGGGGUCUUAUCCAAUUAGCUGUCCCGAGGACUGUUUCAAGAGGUCAGUGUCCGUCUCGGACACCAUCUCACCCUCCUCAGACAUCGAGCCAGACGCGUUCACUGACGCUGCGGGUGAAAAAAUGCUGAAAUCUGGGACAAAGGAAUCGAAGGAUAAAAAAGGGAAGGGUCUGAAGAAGGAGUGGAAGGAGAGAGAGAAGAGUGCAGAGCUGCCCAAAUGGAAUACAGGGAAAGCCAACGAUAGAUUUGGCCCCUGUCUGUACAAGAGCAAUCCCACAGCUGACACCAUCAGACCGGUGAUCGUGGAGCGUUAUGGCAACAGGGUAUCUACAGACAACAAUCACACUCAGGACUCUGAGAAAGAAAUCACCAGCCCUAAAUCAGGCAAAAACACCAAGAGGAAGGAUGAAAAAGAGGAUGAUGACGAUACUGUGGAGCCCGAUAACGACCUGAUGAUGCUGGAGGGGAGGAAGGAGCUGGACUCUCCCAGUCUGAGUGAGAGCGUGGCGAUUGACAAGGACAAGGGCCGCGAGACGGAGGCCAAGCCCACCGGACGCUCUACGGCCUCCCUGGAACGCAUUAACACGGUCAAACACAGCAUGACCCUGGACAUCCCCACGUCCCAGACCAACCGAUGCUUCAGCCUCACCUACUCCACUGACAACGAUGAGGAAGAGGAAGAGGGAGACUCCUCCCCGUUCCUGAACUGCCUGAGGAAGCAGUCAUCCUACGGUGGCAGCCACCAGUACCUGGAUAGUUCUCCGCCCAUCGACGAGAGCGUCCGGGACCUCACCCUGUUGGAGCAGGAACACACCCUGUGUGAGAGAGACCUCCCUCUGCAGUCCCAGCCGGAUGACCACGGUCUGGCAUACGACUCCAUGAAGUACACUCUGGUGGUGGAUGAGAACACUACACUGGAGCUGGUCAGCCUCAGGAGAUGUACCUCUGUGCUGAGUGAUGACAGUGAGCUGUCUACACUGUGUGAUGAUGACCCUCUGGGGAUGGGGGAGGUGGGGUACUUCCGGGGGAACGGAGGGGUGCGGCCAGAACUCCUCAGCUCGUCAGAAGACUCCUCACCUGAGGCUGACAUGCACUUCUCCAAGAAGUUCCUCAACGUGUUUGUCAACAGCACCUCACGAUCCUCUAGUACAGAGUCAUUUGGGCUGUUCUCCUGUACCAUCAACGGAGAGGAGAGGGACCAGACACACAGGGCUGUAUACAGGUUUAUCCCCAGACAUGUUGAUGAGUUGGAGCUGGAUGUGGACGACCCUCUGUAUGUCGAGGAGGAGGAGGAUGACUACUGGUACAGAGGCUACAACAUGCGGACGGGAGAGAUGGGGAUAUUCCCUGCCUUCUAUGCCCAUGAGGUCAUAGGGCAGUUCAAGGAGAUAAUGGGAGUGAAGAGGAACCCAGCCUGGAUGGACAGUUUCAGCGUUCAGUUCCUGGGUUCUGUGGAGGUGCCCUAUCACCAAGGCAAUGGUAUACUCUGUGCCGCCAUGCAGAAGAUUGCGAUAGCGCGGAAGCGGACGGUCCAUGUGAGACCCCCCUCUCUGUGUGAGCUGGAGAUUAGUUUACAAGGGGUUAAACUGGUGAUGAGCCUGGAGGACGAAUAUGACACUUUGGAUGAGUUUGAUAGAUGUAGUCACUUCUUCCAGAUGAAGAACAUCUCUUUCUGUGGAUGCCAUCCCAAAAACAAUUGCUACUUUGGCUUCAUCACUAAACACCCCAUGCUGAACAGGUUCGCCUGCCACGUCUUUGUCUCCCAGGAGUCAAUGCGGCGUGUGGCCGAGAGUGUUGGGCGGGCUUUCCAGGAGUAUUACCAGGAGCACCUGGAGUACGCCUGCCCCACCGAAGACAUCUACCUGGAGUAGAGCAGUCAGGAAUUAGGAAGUGUUGCCAUGACAACCAUCUCUUCUUCCUGCUGCUGCUUGUGUAGGUUCAUCAAUCUCACCACCAGAGGGUACUGGUGGCUCUUCUUUCCAUUGUAAAAUACCCCAUAUAUACAGUAUCCCUCUAAAACUGGAAUGUUAAUUUCCAUUCUACAGUAUGCGACAUGUUUUAUUCAUUUAUUGACCUAUUCAUUGAUUCAUUUGUUUAUACGUUUAUUUUCCAUCUUCUUGAUGGAUUGCCUGUUCCUUUUUCUAUGAUACAGUUCUAGGAAUAAGUCUUGGCACCUUAUUUUAGAUAUUAUGUAUCCUCCUCGGUUUAAAAAACAAUAACAACAAUGAAAUUCCUACUACUGCUAUUUGACAUGUUCCAAUGCAUGGCUAGGAGGGUAAUGUACACAAAAUCACACACAGAAACACAGACCAAUUAGGACACAAAAAUAGCGCAACAAUCAAGAGGACAUGAAGCAUAUUAUUUAGUCAGGUGAGGUUUGGUGUAAAUAUGUUUUUGUUCAAUAUCGACAAACUGCUAUUCUACUGAUAGUGACAUUGGAUCGAAGAAGAGAGAGAGUACAGUGAUGUGAUUGGUACGAGCUAACACCUGUAUCGUGUACAAGAAAUGGUGUGUUCUGUAAAUAUACACAUUAGGAACACCUAUGUAUAGGCAGUAGAGAAAUACAGAUGACUCAUACAAACUAUGUAAGUAGCAUCCACAACCAAUAAUCAAACAAGAGGAAGUGAAGAAAGGAAAAAUAAAGAAAUAGAAAGGAAGAGAGGGAUGAUGUUUUAGCCCAGUGUUUACCAAAUGGUGGGUCAGGAACAGUUGGUGGGACUUGGACCUAUUUCAGAGAGCUUAUCCUUUCACUGGUUGUGUUAUGUGGCUUAUGCGUGGUUCCAGUUCUCUUCUCUAGUUCCUUCCCCAGCUUUGAAGUCCACCAUUUUUUUAUUCAUAGUUUGAAAAUGUACUGGCGUCAGAUCUGAAAGGACCGAGCAGGUGUAAGCGAUGUGGUGAUGGCCAGUUAGCCCUUCAAUUGAGCUAAAUGGAGUUUCCAUCAUAUUUCUUACACCUAUCCAGAUCCUUUCAGAUCUGUGAGUGUGAACACUGAACAGGAGCUAGGGGAAACGACUAGGGGCCAAAAUGGAAUGAAGGCUCAGUUUUGCAAUGGAGGCUCUUCAUCAUAUUGGUCAUUUUGACAUUGAAAGGGUUCUGACUUAUGUUGAUGAUGUUGAUCUGAUAGUAAGCCCUGCCCACCAUGGUCCAGAACAGACUCAGUAGUCAUCUGUCAUUGGACAACAGCUCCUCUGAUCAAAACUCCAAACACAGCAGAGUGGCAGGAAGAGGUUGCUAUGGAAACAGGGAGCGAUAACUCAGCGCUUUGGGAACAGAGAGAAACAGAAAACAAGGAGAGAAUCAUUCAGCUUCUGGACUUCUAAUGGUGCAAAUACAGUAUUAUAGAAACGUCCAAUGUUAUAUUUCUUUCCAUCUGGUCCAACGGUGAAGUGUCCUAAUGUACAUGUACAGAGAAAAUCAGUCUGAAUAUCAGGUUGAGGACAGUUGAAGGUCCUCUUCAGGAGAAGCCAUAAUCCCACGAUUCUGACUGUUCAACACUACUCCCUCACAGGAAGCACUGUUGUACAGGUGGGUGUCGGUCCCUGUUUGAGUUAAGUCCACUGAGAAUAAGGCCAGACUGGCCUUGGUUGACUGUCUAUAAGGCGACAAGGAAAGUAAAGUCAUGACAUAGAUAAUGCUGACUAAGAAAGUAGUGGUGCCCUCCUGUGUCCUUCUACCUUCUCUUUAAGGUGGAUCAAGUCAACAUGAGGAUAGAGAGUUUAAAGAUUUAAGUUUUCAAGAUAUUGGACUUUCAAGAUGUCACCGGCCAUAUCAUCAUGAUGAUGCAAAAUGCUAAACAUUUAUGGAAAAAAAUACAAAAAGAGAGUUUUUGAAAGGAGUUCCCCUUUAAGUUAGAAAAGGGUUUGAUAUUGAAGUGCCACCAUUGAAAGACCGGUAGUUUCUUUGAUAUAAUAGGCUUGCUUUGGUCCGACCACAGUUUUAGAAGUUGACUUUACAAUGUCUAAUGGCUCAUAUUCUGCUGAUAAAUGUCCUGAGAAGUUGACCUUUCCACAUGUACUCCUUGAUUUCACUCUUAUCAUAGGUAAUAUACAGUACAUCAUUUGCGUACUUAUAAUAGGACAUUUUACUUUCUACAGUUGUCUUUUCCAGUUCACAUAGCAUACUGUAGCCUACAGUAUAACAUCUAAACAGAUGAGAGGUGUCCAACACAGAAUGAAUUGAAAUAACAGGUGUCAUACUGCAAUCCCCAAUAUCAGGUUGAGUACAGAAGACGAGGGAUGCUCGUCUACUUCUUCUACUGCUUUUAUUCUUCAAGUAUCAAACAGCAAAAAGAAGAUAUUGUAGAGGAGAGCUGGUGAUGAGGAGUCAUAGGACCUCCAUGGUGACCAGUUUAUUAUUUGUGAAAGUGGUGUCAGUAGGAGGGGAGAGGGUAUAAUCUAAAUGUGUAUCGCUGUCGGUUAGAUCCUGUAAAUACUAUAGAGAGUCAACAAGAUAGUGCUGUGUCCUUUAUGUUAAGUAUGUUAUUGAAAUGAAUAUGUAAAAUAAAAGGAGACAAAUUCAAAAAAGAACCAUGAAAACCACGAUGGAAAAAGAAAACAUUGUACAUUUCCUUUUAUUUGUUUUAAUUUGAGCGUGUUGUGUUUCCAUACAUGUCGCUGUCUCUACAUCAACCACAAAGUUUUGUGAACCACUAAGUUUAUGCUAACUCAGACAUUCACCUCACAGACAGGCUUCAGCAGCAGCGCUUUUAGGCAAAUCUGUGACAUUGCCAUUAGGGGACACACGUAACGUGUCACCUUUGACCUUGCUAAUAUCCAAUGCCACACCCACUCAAGUGCUGGCCAAUCCGCUGAUAGAGCAGAGUAGUAGAUAUUAACCAAUUAAAAUAGCUUUCAGAGUCUACUUUCACACGGGAACUAGAGGUGGGACCAAGUCACUAUUAUUCGUGUCACUGCAAAUCUCAAGUCACAAGGUCAAGAUCGAAUCCCAAGUAGAACGGGUUGAGUCUUGAGUCAAGUCCUAGUCUUGCAUUCUAAGAGCAAGUCGAGUCGAGUCACAAGUUUUUUUCGUCUCAAAUCAAGUAAAAAAAACUACAAAUCUUUGUUUAUUUUUUUUUAGGCUACCAGACAGCCCUUUUCAUUAUUUUGUCAACAACACAUUUUGAUUAUGUAAUCAUUUAUUUUACCAAAUUCCAAAUGCAAGCCUUAUAAGUAAAUUAUAAACUUAUAGCAAUUUUGACAAACCAAAACACCAGUAGGCCUAUGCUAGAAAUUGUUGCUUGAUGCCCCAUUGCUGGUGAGCUUGCAAAGUAAACAGUUCAUAUUCUUGAUCAUCAGCAUUUUUUUUGGAGAUGCAUAUUAAUUUAUGACAAUCCUCUGUCCCUACAAUUUGACGUUUGCACUCCACACGAUCCUAUAGCUGUUCAGUAAAUCAGCAAUCUGUUAGCCAGCUUAGCGGUUAUCUAACUUUUUGACCCGCAACCCCCAAAAAAAGAGUCGUUCAAAGUUUGAGACCCCCACGCAAAGGUGCGCACAAUCGCUGCUCAAAUUUAGCCUCAUUACAGUCAAAAAACGGUGAUGCAUUUUCAUAACGAAAGAUACACAAAUAAACUGUUUUACAUUUUAGUCAUUUAGCAGUCCAGAGCAACUUACAGUAGUGAAUGCAUACAUUUUAUACAUUUUUUUUCCCGUACUGGUCCCCCGUGGGAAUCGAACCCACAUCCCUGGCGUUGCAAACACCAUGCUCUACCAACUGAGCCACACGGGACCUGCAUUUUGAGCUGAAAGUCAUUCAUGUUAGCUGUUGAUAUCAACUAGGGAUAUCAUGUCACAGUGACCACGUUUACAUGCACACCAAUAUCCCGUUAUUAUUUGGGAUACUCAAGUAUUCUGUUUUUGAGAUGGUGCAUAUCAACAUCAUAUCCCAAUUACAAUAACCCAAAAAUGCUUGUGUCCCGGUUAUGAGAAACCCAGAUAAAAUGCCUGGGAUAUGCUGAUCUUAGAUGGGAUGUAAACAACUUAUACCCUUUACUGUUGUUUUUCACUGUCUGCGCAGGCUCAGUUGCACAUAUCAUGGGUGUUGUGCAGUCUAUGGUGUUCUGCGAUGAUGUUUUCAUCUGAUUGUCAAAUCACUUCAAAAAGUGGGCUACCUGUGCAGUUCAAUCCACUAUAAUUCCAUAAUAAUUUAUUUUGCCGCUACUCCAUACUGGACCGUAUAGACUACUAGCUACAUUCACCACUAAUUUAGACAACUUUCUGCUCAUAAUUUCUGACAUUUGGUAGGCCUUAUUAUAAUUUCCAUUAUUUGGUAGGCCAUCUUAUAAUUUACUACAUUUGGUAGGCCAAUUGUUUGUCAACUAUUGUUAGAUAGGCCUACAUGCAGCUUCUCUUCUGUCAUAAAUUGUUGCCCCAGAAGACUAAAUAAAGUAGUGCUCACCAGAAUAAUGUCUUACAUUGAUAGAAUGAAUGCAUUAGUAAUCUAGUUAAUACCGGUAAAGUUGUCUGUUUCGUUUAGGGACUUGGCAGAAAAUGCAACAACUCCAAAACAGUUGAAAAAUUGGUCCUGUGCAAAACGAAAAAAUUUAAUCAGUUUGACUGGUUUUAAGGAAAAGAAAAGCUGAGAAAGCAAUGAAACGCAUUUCUGAUAAGACUUCAGUUUGGCUUGGGUGCAUAUGUCUGCUUGCAUUACAGUGUCAAAGAUAACACAUUACACUGGCAUUUUGUAAUUUCUCGAGAUGCUGAAAGAAAGAAAUUAUAUUUCUCCACUCCUGUUCCCAUGACGAAAUUAACAUUUGUUGUAUAAUUUUACUGCAAUAAAUGCAUAAUUCUGCAGGAGUUAAUAUUAUAUUACGCUAUAUGUUGUGGGUAUAAUUUGUGGAACGUUCCAACAUGAAUCUGUUCCAAAAACCUCGUAAAGUACAAGGAUGCCAACAAACAACGCAUACAAAGUAGCAUGAUCAAUUCACCUAGCUAACUAGCUGCCAAAUAGGCUUCAACUCACCACGUAGCUUGUUCAUAAUGUUUGUCCAUAGGCUACCAGAUCGAGGAUAGACAUUUUUCUGAAUAAACGUGGUGAGUGAAAAACUUAAAAUAGAACUUUGAAUGCGUUGUUUGUUGGCAACCUUGUUAUUUACAAAGUUGUUGGAACGUUCCACAAAUUAUACUCACCCCGCUACAUGUGAGGUUAUAGGCCUACAGUCAGUGUCCAUAGUUCAGUUACUAUCCCAUUUAGCCCAUAUGAAUUUAAAUGAGGAAUAUUCUGGUUACUCAUGGUUACUCAUGAGCGGGAUUUCAAAGGUGCAUGUAAACAACUUAUCCGAAUAAGACUUUAAACGGGAUAUGAGCUACUAUCCGGACUAUUGUGCGCAUGUAAACGUGGUCAUUGUCACUUCGCUGUAGUCCAGAGCUAGCAGGAUCAUAUGGCCUACCUGUAUGCAGCAGAGGUUGCGGGAUCGGAUGGAAAGCAUGAUCUGUCUGUAGCCUUUUUCUUCCUCACAAAUAAGUAAUUAAUUUGUCAGAAUAUGUUACAUCUUUAUCCCAUAAAUAUUGAAGGUAGUGUGAUGUUACCACUGAGCUAUAUAAUUAUAACCCACCCAAACUAAGCCAUAUUUGAAAAUUAUAAAUGAAAUCACCAGGUAGCCUAUAGUUGUGGCAAAGAUGCGUCCGUAGCAGAUUGCUAAAUGGUACUCUAUAUGGAUCAUAUUAAUGUAGGCAGGCUACUCUGUUUUUGCCAGGCAAAACCGGAGAAAAUUAAACAAGCGCUUUCUGGUCACUAUUUGGAUGUGUGCGACCGCCUUUGCGCACCAAUGCUGAUGACUGGACAUUGGUCAACAGUCAAGACCCGCAGCUUUUUGGUUCUGAAGCACAGAUGAGAUGUUUUUAAAAGAAUUGUUCAAUGCCGUAGGCCUAUGUUAAUGACCACAUCGAAUAAGCAAUUGUAUAAAUAAAUUUAAAACAUUAAAUCCCAUUACUAUUGUAAAAUGUCAGUCUAAAACAUUUAGUUAGGCUUUUAGACAUGCAAAGCCGCUCAAACAUUGGCAAACUCAUCACAAAACAUAUCCCCAUAGGCUAUAUGUAGCCUAUCAAAAUAUGUAUGAAAAAAAAAAUAUAUAUUGCCCUUUCAGUUUCAACUCACUAAAACCUCUCUACGCUAGCUCACCCGACCUGUGUUGAUUGACUUUGCUGGUCCAAUCAGAGGGCCAUGUGUGCGUUUCACUAGCCAAUAUGCUUUUGUUUUUUUGCAAGUGCGAUACUGUCCCUGGCUCUCCACGGAGACAAAACGUUACAAAACCUGGCCAGAUAACUUGAUAAUUUUAUUUUCUAUCAGGCUGAGUCUCAAGUCAUCAAAUUUGUGAAUUGAGUCAAAGUCAUGUGACUCGAGUCCACACCUCUGAUGGGAACCUAUCGCAUCUUGACAAUGUAGCCCAUGGCUUUGAGCUCCAGAUGUGUGCCAUCUCUUAACUGUACCAGUUUGUUUUGUGUCUUUUUUUGUGUCUCUGAGCUUCCCUGAUAGCUAAAGUACACCAACCAACCACCAAGAAUCCUCUAGUCAUGUAUAGCAGCUCAGACAUCCAGUUAACAGUUCAUCUACUUUUUUUUUAAAUCCAUAGACAAACAAUAUUAUUCACUGUAUAACUAGAGCAUCAGUAUGUGACAAAAACACAUUCAUCUAUCUUGUAUCUUUAGGGGGACUUGUCAAAAUUUAAAAUAAAAACAAAGAAAAACACUGCCUUGUCAUGGGUUUGAUCUUAUGAAUAAACUAUAUGCUUGAUGUCGGAA